AUGAACCAGAUGAAUGCCGGUGGGAUGAAUCCCGGGGUCGGAGGCCCCGUCGGUGGUAUCCCCAUGAUGAGCAACGGCUCCACUGCCCCUCGUAACGAUCAAAUCAUGAACAGCAACUCCGAUGGGAGUCUCAACAACUUGAAUACAUAUAUCUACGAUUACUUUUUGAAACGCGGCUACCACGACUGUGCACGCGCUCUUCUCCGCGAAGAAUCAAUGAAGAUCAACACGGAUCCCGGUACCAAGACAAGUCCCGGUAAUCGCCAGAACGAUAUGAACGGUAUCGAUGGUGACAUGAUGACCGACGGCAAGGAUGGCGAGAAGAUCAAAAUCCCCGAUGAUCUGCCUCGUGCUAGCCUUCCCAACGACAGUACGCAAACAGCUUUCCUGCUCGACUGGUGGAGUCUCUUCUGGGAGUUCUGGCAGGCUCAGCGCAAGAGAGGAAACAACCACGACAUUCGGCAAUAUCUCUCACACAAUCAGGCGCUUAUGCGUGUUCGCGAGCAGCAACAGAAUCAGCUCAUGCGGCAACAGCCGCUGAUGCCUGGCCAGAUGCCGCUCAACAUGCGUCGCAAUGGCAUGCACCCUGUACCCCCCAACCUUCAGAAGACGGUGUUGCAAAACACCACUGGCCUCUCGCAACAGCAAUUGGCCCAGCAGUUCCAAAAGAACCAACAGAUGCAGAUCAUGCAGCAGAUGCAACGUGACCAGCCCGACAUGGACAUGAACGGCAAUCGGCCCCAGUCCCCAGCAUCUGCGGACAACGCCCCAUCCCCAUCGAAACGCCCGCGCCUGGAAGGAGGCCCCGUUAACGGACAACAGCUCGCACCUAACGGACGUGGUCAGGGACAGGGAAUGCAAGGACAGCCUAACCCCCAGGCUCAGGCUAUUAUGAUGCAGAAUGGAAUGAACAGGGGAAUGAACCCGGCGCAAUUCCAGCAGUUCCAGCAAGGACAGGCUGCGCAACAAAAAUCUAUGCAGGUAUAUGCUCAAGACUUGGCCCUUCAUCACACUCGCUCAGCAUUGUCUCCCCAGGGUCUUCCGAACGGUGGUAUGAUGAAUCCCGGCGUUAUGCCGAAUCAGACGGAUCUUGUGGCGAUGCAGGAUGCCAAUGGAGGAAUGUUCCAGGUGGGUGCCGAAUACUUUCAGAACGGUCAAAUGCCCCAGGUUCGAAAUGGCAUGCAACCACAACCAAACGGCCAGCAAGGCGGCGGCAACCAUGCUCUCCAGGAUUAUCAGAUGCAACUUAUGCUGCUUGAACAGCAGAAUAAGCGGCGUUUGAUGAUGGCUCGUCAGGAGCAGGACAGCAUGGCCCGUGAUGGUCAACCAAUGCCCGGUCAAGGACAGCUGCCACCCGGCACUUCCCCACAGGGCAGUCGCACAGGUGCCUCGCCGAACCCCAGUGAACAAAUGAAGCGGGGUACACCUAAGAUGCCCCAGAGUGGUCUUCCUGGUUCCCCCAGCGCCGGCGAUAUGGGCCAGAACCGCGGAUCUCCUGGAUCCAUGAAUCUGAACGGCGGCCCAAUGCCACCCGAGAUGGCGGCUCAGUUCUUCCAAGGCAACCCCAACAUGCGUCCCCCAAGCUCUAACCCACAAUUCACUGGCCCCCAGAUGGGCCAGCCCAUUCCUGCCGGUGCCGGCGGCCGCAUGCCCAGUGGGCAGUGGCAGCAGCCCGGUCAGCCAAUGCCGCCGCAGCACUCACCCGCAUCUCAGCCCCAGGCCGGAACUCCCCAAGAACGGAAUGCGAUGCCUCCUCCUCAGGCCCCGCCUACUGGUCCUGCCGGCCGCGCCCACCCUCAAUCUCCCCAGACAGGUGUAAACGCUCCCCCCACACCUCAGCAGGGUAAUAAGGCAGCUCCCGGCAAGGCCAAGAAAGAAGGCGCCAAGGAGAACACCCGCAAGCGGCCUAAGAAGGGUGCUGCUGCCGCCGCCAAUGCCGCCAAUGCUCAAGCUACCGAAGCUGGAGAGACGACUCAGACGCCUACUCCAUCCACCCCUGUCACUCCUCAACAUCCCAAUUCCUUCAACAAGGCCGGUGCCAACGGAGGUGCCAAUGCGCAAACCCAGCCCACCUCGGCCCCGGCUCCCCCAACAAUGGUCCAGCCUACCAUGGAUCCCAACCCGCAAUCUUACAAUGAUCUCUCAAUUCCUGAUAAUGCUUUCAAUCUUGACUUCGGCGCUCUGGAUAACCCUGAUAUCCUGGAGAGCUUCGACUUUGACACCUUCCUUAACACUGACGGUGACGGGACUGGCUUUGGAUUCGAUCCAAACAUGCCUUUAAGCAUCGACGGUGUCGAGGCCGGUCCAGACAUGGGAUGA